GAAAAUGGCGGACACCAAGGCAGUGACUAUCCGUACAAGGAAGUUCACGACAAACAGGCUUCUUUCCAGGAAGCAAUUUGUAAUUGAUGUGCUCCAUCCUGGAAGGCCAAAUGUCUCCAAGGCUGAAUUGAAAGAGAAAUUAGGAAGGAUCUACGAUGUGAAAGAUCCAAAUUCCAUCUUCGUAUUCAAGUUCAAGACUCAUUUCGGUGGGGGGAAAUCAACUGGUUUUGGUUUGAUCUAUGAUUCUGUUGAGAUUGCGAAGAAGUAUGAGCCAAAAUACAGACUUGUCAGGAAUGGAUUGGAUACCAAGAUUGAGAAGUCAAGGAAGCAGAUGAAGGAAAGGAAGAACAGAUCAAAGAAGAUCCGGGGGGUAAAGAAGACAAAGGCUGGGGAUGCUGCCAAGAAGAAGAAAUGAGAAGCUUGAGGAAUUUUGUUGUGGUUAUUUUGAAGGCCCUUUUGGUAAUUUUGAACCUUAUAUAUUUCUUGAAAUUAAGAUGAAUUGUAGUU